UAGAGCUAGCCAAAAAGAAAAAAAUAAAAUUUCUAUGAACAAAUCAAAACACUGUUGAUGGCAUUGGUUUGAGAACAUUGUCGGAGCUUGCAUGGAAGACAAGCAGUUUAGUUAUGGACUAGUUAGUGGCAGUGGCACAUUACAGCUAGCUCUUCUCUUGCGAUCUUGUUUUUGUUUGCAAUUUGGUAGUGAGGUAGACAGUAGUACUAUCACAUCGUCUAAAGCCAUCAAAGAUCCUGAAGCUAUAAUCUCUGAUGGUGGCGUUUUCCGAUUGGGAUUCUUCAGCCUUGCUAAUUCCACCGACCGUUAUGUGGGGAUAUGGUACAAUCGCAUUCCUGUACAAACUGCCAUAUGGGUAGCCAACAAAAAUAAACCUCUAAGGGACUCUUCUGGAAUCUUGACCAUAUCUGAGGAUGGUAAUCUUGUUCUUUUGAAUGGAAAGAAACAAAUUCUUUGGUCAUCAAAUGUCACAAAUCCAAUUUCUAAUGCCAGCGCCCAGCUCUUUGAUUCUGGAAACCUUGUCUUGCUACGUAGCACCUCUCGAACAAUCAUGUGGGAGAGUUUCAAGCAUCCUUCUAAUGCAUUAGUGCAAAACGCGAAAUUACGUACAGAUAUAAGACCAGGUGAGAAACUGCAGAAGACGUCAUGGAAAAGCCCUUCUGAUCCAUCUGAUGGUAACUUCUCUGCCGGUAUAGAUCCUCUCAACAUUCCUGAAGCUUUCAUUUGGAACAACAAUCGGCCAUAUUGGAGAAGUGGUCCAUGGAAUGGUAAGGUAUUUAUUGGAGUACCACAAAUGUAUUCUGUUUAUCUUGAUGGGUUCAGUCUCAUAGAUGACAAACAAGGGUCAAUUUAUCUCACUUUCGCUUUUGCUAACCCGUCUUUAUCACAUAUUCUCUUGGAUUCACAAGGAAAUUUAGCACUACGAGCUUGGGAUGAUGAGAAGGGAGACUGGGUGGCAGUUUGGUCUCUUCCAAAGACCGAGUGUAAUAUUUAUGGCCAAUGUGGGGCAUUUGGAAGCUGUGAUUCACUCAAACCAUCAAUUUGCAGUUGUCUAAGAGGGUUUGAACCCAAGAUUAUAGAGGAAUGGAAUAGAGGGAAUUGGACUAGUGGAUGUGUUAGGAGUAAACCAUUACAGUGUGAAAGAGUGAACAACAGAAGUGAACUAGGCAAAGCAGAUUGAUUUUUAAAGCUGGGGAUGAUGAAAGUGCCAGAUUUUGCACAGUGGUCACGGGCCGGCUUGGAAGAUGAAUGCAAAGAGUUCUGCCUGAGAAAUUGUUCCUGUAUUGCCUAUGCAUAUGAUGCUGGUAUCGGUUGUAUGUCAUGGAGUGGAAAAUUAAUUGACAUACAGAAAUUCCCCAGCGGGGGAAAAGAUCUUUACAUUCGCGUGGCACAUUCAGAACUUGAUAAAAGGACAGAUACAAAAACAAUUAUCAUCAUAGCACUGAUUGUAGGAACAAUCAUUAUACCCAUCUGUAUAUUUUUCUCAUGGAAGCGGAUACCUAAACUCAGUGCAAGGAAAGAAAAAGGUGCGGAGCAGCGAUGGUUCAGUAGAGGAAAGGCACAUUCAAGUUUUGUGAGUGAUAAUGUUCAGGGAGACAACAUAAGCCAAGCUAACCUCCAGGAGCUACCACUUUUCAAUUUUGAGGAGCUAGCAACAGCAGCAAACAACUUUCAUCCUACAAACAAGCUAGGGCAGGGUGGUUUUGGUCCAGUUUACAGGGGAAAAUUGCAAAAUGGAAAUGAAAUAGCGGUAAAGAGAUUGUCAAGAGCCUCUGGACAGGGGUUAGAAGAAUUUAUGAAUGAAGUGGUGGUGAUCUCUAAACUCCAACAUCGAAAUCUUGUCAGAUUACUGGGCUGUUGUGUUGAAGAAGAAGAGAAGAUGCUGGUAUACGAGUAUAUGCCAAACAAAAGCUUGGAUGCGUUUCUUUUUGUCCAACAAGAAAUCUUAGAUUGGAGAAAACACUUCAACAUUAUUGAAGGAAUUAGUCGAGUUGUUCUUUAUCUUCAUAGGGAUUCUAGGUUACGAAUUAUUCAUAGAGACCUAAAGGCUAGUAACAUCUUAUUGGAUGAAGAGCUGAAUCCAACAUUUUCAAAUUUUGGGAUGGCAAGGAUUUUUGGGGGCAAUGAAAAUCAAGCCAACACUACAAGGGUUGUUGGAACCUAUGGCUACAUGCCUCCUGAAUAUGCAAUGGAAGGGCGAUUUUCAGAAAAAUCUGAUGUAUUCAGCUAUGCCGUCCUGCUACUAGAGAUUGUCAGUGGGAGAAAAAACACAAGCUUUUAUGGUAAUGAACAUUCCAUUAGCCUCUUGGGAUAUGCAUGGAAAUUGUGGAAUGAAGACAACAUAUUGGCUUUUAUACAUACAGGGCUGUAUGAUCCAUGCUAUCAGAGGGAAAUUGUAAAAUGCAUGCAUGUGGGAUUGCUGUGCGUGCAAGAAUUUGCAGAAGACAGACCAAACAUAUCUACUGUUAUUUUGAUGCUUAAUAGUGAGAUUGUUGAUCUCCCAGCUCCAAAACAGCCUGCUUACACAGGCCGACUGAUUGCUUUGGGUGCAGGGUCCCCUCAAAAUAAUCUAAACAAUUGCUCUAUUAACAAGGUGACCCUCACCACUGUUGAAGGCCGAUUUGUCAGAGACUGUGAUAUGGAAACUAAUAGUAACACGAACCAAGUUUCUUUCUUUCUUGCUUCAUUCAUCUUUCUUCUAUACUUUCUUCCUCAGUUUUGCCAUGCGGUUGACAGAAUCACGCCAGGCCAAACGAUAAGGGAUGGCGACACGUUGGUAUCCAGGGCUGAGAUUUUUGAACUGGGAUUCUUCAAUCCUGAAAACUCAACAUUCAGAUUUGUUGGGAUAUGGUACAGGAUCGAUGUGAAAGCAGUUGUAUGGGUUGCAAAUAGAGACAGACCAAUAUCUGACAGAAGUGGAGUUUUGAGGAUGGGAGUUGAUGGUAACUUGGUUGUUCUGAAUGGAAACAACAAUUUAGUUUGGUCCUCUAAUGUUUCAGGUUUAUCAAACAACACUGCAGCAGUUCUCUUGGAUACAGGAAAUUUUGUUCUAUCAAGCAAUGAAAGUGUUCAUGAUACCAGUAGUGCCCACUGGCAGAGCUUUGACCAUCCAACUGAUACAUUUCUGCCUCAAAUGAGAGUUCCAGUGAAUUCUGCAAUCGGAGAGAAUUCCGCUUUCCAUGCAUGGAAAUCAGCCAGUGAUCCUUCACCCGGAAACUACACUAUGGGUGUUGAUCCUCAUGGAGGACCACAGAUAGUAAUAAGGGAUCAUGGGAGAAGGCGAUGGAGAAGUGGGCAGUGGAAUGGAGUGAUUUUUACAGGUGUCCCCAAUAUGAGUAAUAUUGCUAGUUUCUUAUAUGGGUUCAAGCUUUCUCAGCCUGAUGAAAGUAGGACCCAGUAUUUCACAUAUGAUCCAUCGAAUCCUUCUGAUUUAAUGAGAUUUCGGAUAGGCUGGGAUGGAAGGGAACAGCAGUUAAGAUGGGAUGAUGGUGAGAAGAUAUGGAAAGUUCUGCAACAACAGCCUGACCCUGCAAAUCAAUGUGAACUUUAUAAUCAUUGUGGGAAUUAUGCGAUCUGUGACAACUUAAAUUCUCCAAAGUGCAAUUGUUUAAAAGGGUUUAGACCACAGUUUCAAGAUCAGUGGAGUAGAGGAAAUUGGUCAGGUGGGUGUAAACGGAGGACCGAACUGCAGUGCCAGAGGACUAAUGGUACAGCAGGGGAAAAUGGUAAACCAGAUGGCUUUAAGGGAUUGAAGUGCAUGAAGUUACCCGAUUUGGCAAACUUGACGCUAUCUGCAGUGAACUCAGAGGCGUGUAGAGCAAGCUGCUUGGGAAAUUGUUCAUGUAGGGGGUAUGCAUUUAUUUCUGGGAUUGGAUGCAUGAGAUGGACAGUAGACUUGAUUGAUCUUCAGCAUUUCGACCAAACUGGAAGUUUACAGUUCUUCCUGCGUCUCCAUCAUUCUGAAUUAGAUGGCAGGAGGAAAAUAUCCAUCCUUGUGAUUAUUAUAAUUACUGUGCUGGGGGCAUGCUUCUUGGUGGUGUCUCUAUGGCUACUAUGGAGAUACAGGAAUAAACUGAAAGGUUUGCCAGCAGUUUCAUCAAUGCCAUGUUGCAAGGACGAUGAUGUAGAAGUUUUUGAUGUGUCCCAGAGCAAAGAAUUUUCAGCAGAUCUUUCAGGACCAUCUGACGUCGUUAUAGAUGGGAAUCAACUUAAUGGGCCAGAAUUGCCAAUGUUUAGCUUUAGUUGUGUUGCAACUGCCACAAAGAACUUUUGUGUAGCAAACAAACUUGGGCAGGGGGGAUUUGGUGAUGUAUUCAAGGGAGAGCUUCCUGGAGGUCAAGAAAUAGCUGUAAAGAGGCUUUCAGGACAUUCUGGCCAAGGCUUAGAGGAGUUCAAAAAUGAGAUUAUCCUGAUCGCUAAACUGCAGCACAGAAAUCUUGUUAGACUCUUGGGCUGCUCCAUUCAAGGGGAAGAGAAGAUGCUGAUUUACGAGUACAUGCCCAAUAAAAGUUUGGACAACUUUCUUUUUGAUGAAGCCAAGCAAGCCCAGCUAGACUGGAGAACCCGCCUCAGCAUUAUUGAAGGCAUUGCAAGAGGGCUUCUUUACCUCCAUCGAGAUUCAAGACUAAGAAUAAUUCAUAGAGACUUAAAGGCUAGCAACAUUUUGUUGGAUGCAGAAAUGAAUCCAAAGAUCUCAGACUUUGGCAUGGCCAGAAUAUUUGGGGGUAACCAAAAUGAAGCAAAUACAGUUCGAGUAGUUGGCACAUAUGGAUAUAUGUCUCCUGAAUAUGCAAUGGAAGGCCUAUUUUCAGUGAAGUCAGAUGUGUACAGCUUUGGGGUAUUAUUGCUAGAAAUUGUUAGUGGCCGGAGGAAUACUAGCGUUCGUUCAUCUGAACACACAAGUCUUAUUGGAUAUGCAUGGAAUCUUUGGAAUGAAGACAAAGCAAUGGAUCUUGUUGAUCCUUCGAUUCAGGAUUCAGGCUCUCCAACUGAAGUGCUGAAAUGCAUACACAUAGGCAUGCUGUGUGUGCAGGAUAAUGCAAUGCACAGACCAACAAUGGCAGCCGUGGUGCUAAUGCUUGAGAGUGAAACUCCAACGCUUCCAACGCCUAGACAACCCACAUACACUUCCAUGAGGAGUUCUAUAGAUGCAGAAUUCACUAUGGAUGGUCAAGAAAUUGUAUCUUCAAAUGAUGUCACGGUGACAAUGGUAGUUGGAAGAUAGAUUGAUUCGUUACUUCCCCUUCCAUUGUUUUCAUAUUACACCAUUCAAAAUUUUCCUGAACCUGGUGUUUCCUUCUUCUCUUGUUUGAAGAAGUAGAGUUGCUCCAUUAAGCCCGCUCAGCCACAGGGGUAGGCCGGUAGCAUGGAUGAGUGCAGGAAGCAGGGGACCUGCCUAAUUAUCAAAGAAUUGUACAUGCAGUCAAACUUCAAUGGGAUAGAUUUGUAAUUAUAUAAGUUUUUUAACUUUUUUCUU